AUGGUGCUGAAAGUAUCUGGUCAUAGAAUUUCUGAACCAUCUCGUGCAGUUCUCAUCUUCUGCAAGAUAAACAUGAUAGAUUUUGAGGAAAUUCACGUGGAGGUCUUGAAAGGCCAGCAAUUCUCCCAAGAAUAUGGAGCAAUAACUCCCAUGCGCCAAAUUCAAGCAAUAGUUGAUGGACAUUUGAAGUUGAUUGAAAGUCAUGCGAUACUUAUCUACUUAAGUUGUUCAUUUCCUGGAGUGGCUAGCCACUGGUAUCCUGGUGAUCCACAAAAAAGAGCUAAGAUCCAUUCCAUUUUAGAUUGGCAUCAUUCUCAUUUACGUCGUGGUGCAGCUGGACUUGUAUACACCACUAUCUUGGCACCACUAUAUGGCCUUCGUUCAUUCCUUCAGAUAGUCAUUCAAGCUGAAGAGAUACUCCUGAAAUCUUUGUCCCAAUUAGAAAAUGUUUGGUUAAAAGAUGGAACGUUUUUGGGUGGAAUCUCCCAACCAUCAAUUGCAGAUCUCAGUUUAGCGUGUGAAGUCAUGCAACUUGAGCUUUUGAAUGAGGAGGAUUACUAUCAGAUAUUAAGCCCUUACAAGAAAGUAAAAAAGUGGAUUAAAGACGUAAGAAGUGCGACUGCACCUUAUUUUGAUGAAAUUCAUGAGUAUCUUUUUGAAUCCCAAAAAGGAAUUCGUGAUCAAAUGGCAACACAAUCAGGGAAAAAGAAAGUGAGGGCGAAAAUGUGACACCACUUAACCUUGUUCAUUUAAUGAAAUUUCUCAAAAUUAUGUAACCAUCAUUAGAUGUUAAUUAGCUAGGUUAUACACAAACACACACAAAUGCUUUAGCUACAUGGUAGAGUUGUGUUUUACAUCGAGUAUACUCACUUUUUUUUUCCCACACAUAAUUCGGGUAGAUCGUUCUUUAUCAAAUAGAUUGAUGUAACAAUUGGUAACAGGUCAAAGUCCGUCGGUCAAACCAUCGUAAACACCUCUGUAAAAUGGACCUAUUGUGUAGUAUUCCUUAUUUUUUUAGUGCA